CUUCCCUUUCUCUUUGACCAUUUACCGGUACGCUUUUCUUCCGAUUCAAACCCUAACUAGUUCGUUUGCAUUUCCUUUCUCUUUCAUCAUUCAACGUCGCCAAUUGUUCCGAUUCACGAUCCCUCACCUUGUUGUUGUUGUGCUAGUGCAAAUGGCGUUCUUCAGAAGCGUUUCUGCACUUUCUCGGCUUCGCUCUCGCGUGGGUCAGCAAUCUAAUCUCGCGAAUUCAGUUAGAUGGCUCCAAACUCCGAGCUCCAGUAACACUGAUCUUUAUUCUGAGUUGAAAGAACUCGUUCCAGAGUAUCAGGAACGGGUUAAGAAGCUAAAGAAAGAUCAUGGAAGUGUUGAGUUGGGAAAGAUAACUGUUGAUAUGGUACUGGGCGGAAUGAGAGGAAUGACAGCUUUAGUGUGGCUUGGGUCAGCUGUUGACCCAGAUGAGGGAAUUCGCUUUAGGGGAAUGUCCAUUCCUGAAUGCCAGAAAAAGCUUCCAGGUGCUUUUCCUGGUGGGGAGCCUUUGCCCGAGGCUGUACUGUGGCUUCUAUUGACAGGAAAGAUACCAAACAAAGAGCAAGUUGACUCACUAUCCCAGGAAUUGCGAAGUCGUGCAACUAUCCCAGAUUAUGCUUAUAAGGCAAUUGAUGCGUUACCUGUGUCUGCUCAUCCAAUGACUCAAUUCACAACUGGUGUCAUGGCACUUCAGGUGCAAAGUGAGUUUCAGAAAGCUUAUGAGAGUGGGAUAGCUAAGGCAAGGUAUUGGGAACCAACUUAUGAGGACACCUUGAAUUUAAUUGCACGAUUGCCAGCCAUUGCUGCUUAUAUUUAUCGACGGAAAUACAAGGAUGGAAAAAUCAUACCGUUGGAUGAUUCUUUGGAUUAUGGUGCAAACUAUGCUCAUAUGUUAGGGUUUGAUGAUCCAGAAAUGCUGGAGUUCAUGAGGCUUUAUAUUUCCAUCCACAGUGAUCAUGAAGGUGGAAAUGUUAGUUCGCACACAGCUCACCUAGUCGCUAGUCCUCUAUCAGAUCCUUACCUUGCAUUUGCGGCUGCUUUGAAUGGUUUAGCUGGUCCCUUGCAUGGUUUGGCCAAUCAGGAAGUUCUCCGAUGGAUCAGGUCAAUAGUUGCGGAGUUUGGAACUCCCAACAUAAGUACAGAGCAGUUGGCUGACUACAUUAAUAAAACAUUGAGUAAAGGCCAGGUUGUGCCUGGAUAUGGGCAUGGGGUUCUGCGCCAGACAGAUCCAAGAUACACGUGCCAGAGGGAGUUUGCUUUGAAGCAUUUGCCUAAUGAUCCACUUUUCCAGUUGGUGUCUAAAAUAAAAGAGGUUGUGCCGCCUAUUCUUACUAAGUUAGGCAAGGUUAAAAAUCCAUGGCCAAAUGUUGAUGCUCACAGUGGAGUGCUACUGAACUACUAUGGUCUAACUGAGGAAAACUAUUAUACUGUUCUAUUUGGGGUAUCGAGGAGCUUUGGAGUUGGUCCUCAGUUGAUAUGGGAUCGGGCUCUUGGAAUGCCACUUGAAAGGCCAAAGAGUGUCACACUGGAGAAGCUCGAGCAAUUGUGUGCCAAAUCAUCCUGAAAUUUAAAGCGCCGUUUCUCUGUUAAUAAUGACUAAAACACACUGCGUUAGAUGUGUUGUUGAGUUAAAAAGUUUGGUAUGAUUUGUAAUGAGCAAUAUUCAUUGCCCUCCUCCAUCGUUUCUAUUUUAGAAGAUUUUUGUAUUUAGGUUUUAGGGUGGAUUUUCACCCUCAAGUUGUUUCCACAUUUUUGAAUGAACUAAUUAUUAGGUAUGAAGGAGCAUAUAUAAGAAUAAAGGCAUAUUUAGUGUCCUUGUAUUCUUUCUAAAUUGGAAUGACGCUUUCGACAAAGAUCGACAACACUUAUAUACUUUGAUCCUUCCCUAUGGAUGAAUGUAACUUUCUCGAUGAAAAAAUAAAAAGGACAGCACUUUAUUCUUUCAA